UUACUCCCCUUUCUGAAAGAGCUCUUCAGUGUGUUAUGGUUACCAGUCGAACAUGAUGCAACCACAGAUCAUCUUGCUGAAGGAAGGAACUGACUCCUCUCAGGGGGUUCCUCAGAUUGUCAGCAACAUCAAUGCCUGUCAGUCCGUAGCUGAUGCCGUCCGAACAACCCUGGGCCCAAGGGGAAUGGACAAACUUAUCAUCAAUGAUCAAGGAAAGUCCAUAAUAUCAAAUGAUGGAGCCACCAUUUUAAAAAAUUUAGACAUUGUACAUCCUGCUGCUAAAACUCUAGUAGACAUAGCUAAAUCUCAAGAUGCUGAGGUUGGAGAUGGUACAACAUCUGUAGUGUUAUUAGCUGGGGAAUUUCUUAAACAAUCCAAACCAUUUAUUGAAGAGAAUGUCCAUCCACAAAUUGUCAUUAGGGCCUUUAGGAAAGCAACAGAUCUAGCUGUUCAACGAAUCAAAGAAAUUUCUGUCAAAGUCAAAAAAGAUGAUAAAGGGGAACACAGAGAGCUUCUAGAGAAGUGUGCAGCCACAACAUUGAGUUCAAAGCUUGUCGCUCAUCAAAAGGACUUCUUUGCAAAGAUGGUAGUGGACGCUGUCAUGCAUCUAGAUGAAUUGCUUCCUUUGAACAUGAUUGGUGUAAAGAAAGUCACAGGAGGGGCAUUAGAGGAUUCCAUGUUAGUUGCUGGUGUCGCUUUCAAGAAAACCUUCAGUUACGCUGGUUUUGAAAUGCAACGAAAGCAGUAUGAGAAACCCUUGAUAGCUUUACUAAAUGUGGAACUGGAGCUGAAGGCAGAGAAGGAGAAUGCUGAAGUCCGAGUAGACAAUGUUCAGGAAUAUCAGUCCAUUGUUGAUGCAGAGUGGAAAAUUCUGUAUGAAAAAUUGGACCAUGUACACAAAAGUGGAGCCAAGGUGGUGUUAUCCAAGCUACCUAUUGGAGAUGUAGCCACGCAAUAUUUUGCAGACAGAGACAUGUUCUGUGCUGGUCGGGUGCCAGACGAGGACCUGAAGAGAACAUUGAAGGCAUGUGGAGGAUCCAUUCAGACCACCUGUCAGAACCUGGCCAGCAACGUGCUGGGGUCCUGUGAAAAGUUCGAGGAAAUUCAAAUCGGUGGAGAGAGGUACAAUUUGUUCACUGGCUGUCCUCAAGCAAAAACCUGUACCAUGAUCCUCAGAGGUGGUGCAGAGCAGUUCAUUGAGGAAACAGAAAGAUCUCUUCAUGAUGCUAUCAUGAUUGUCAGAAGAGCCAUGAAGAAUGAUGCUGUUGUUGCAGGUGGAGGAGCCAUCGAGAUGGAACUGAGCAAGUACUUGAGGGAUUACUCGAGGACCAUCGCAGGGAAAGAACAACUCAUGAUCAGUGCAAUGGCCAAAGCAUUGGAAAUCAUUCCCAGACAGCUCUGUGAUAAUGCAGGCUUUGAUGCUACAAAUAUACUAAACAAACUUCGCCAGAGCCAUGCUGAAGGAGCACUAUGGUCUGGUGUCAACAUAAUGAAGGAGGACAUAUGUGACAACUUUGAGGGUUUUGUGUGGGAACCAGCAGUCGUCAAAAUCAACGCUAUCACUGCCGCCUCGGAAGCAACGUGUCUCAUCCUCUCAGUGGACGAAACCAUUAAGAACCCCAAGUCUGGUGGAGACGCCCCCGGGGAUCCAGGGAUGGGGCGUGGUAGGGGAAGGCCCAUGUGAAGACAAUCUAACCCUAGGAACAAAUUAUGAACAAAAGGAUUCCUGUCGUUUAACUUGGCAAAGUAGAUCUGCAAAGUGGUGAUUUAUUUCAGAAGUGUAUUCAAAAUUCCUCCAAAAUGACAUAUACAAAUGGAAACGUGAAGUAUUCCUGUGUUCAACUGUUCAUCUCAUCACUGAACAUUAACAGCCCUGUUGGGCUCAGUACUUAACUCGUGUGAAAUCCCCAUUGUGAGAGACUGAAAAUUCUGUGAGAGCUGUGAUGUACAUUAGAUUAAUGUAUGAACUUUUUUUUUUAAUUGUGCUUUAUAUAUUUAUUAUUUUGAGAAUAAAAUCUACUGAAUAUA